AACAAACUUGAUAACAGAGGUAACAGAGGAAACAGAGUGAUUCAAGGUUUGGUGUCUGAGAGAAGUGCUUCCGCCAUCUCUGAUCCGAAGCAAAGAAAAGGUUAUGGAAACGUAAUUCUCACCCUUUUCUGGUUCAUCUUUCCCUUCCCAACAACACCCAUCAAAUUCAAUCUAACAUACACAACCACUCACAGCUAAACCCUUCUCUCUCACACAAUAAACAGUAACAAGAAAGAAAGCUGUUCCAGUAAUAACAGAUCCAUUUCGCUCUCCUCCCCACCUUCUACAAGCUCGCCUUUUCUUCAAUUCUCUCAAAACCCUAAUCCUCUUUGCCCUCUGAUCCACACCGUUUCCCAUGUCUGGGAUGUAUUUACAUUUGGGUCUGUUUCUGUGCGUGCUUUUCGUGUGCUGUUCAGCGACUUCGUCUUCUUCCUUCGCGUCGCACCGUUCAAUCCUUCGAGAGGUCAAGAACGCUGUUAAUCAUCCCGAUUAUGCCAUUGAACUGAACGGCACGAAUUUCGAUGCCGUUCUCAAGAAUACCCCUGCUACUUUUGCCAUUGUAGAAUUCUUUGCCCAUUGGUGCCCUGCAUGUAGAAAUUAUAAGCCACACUACGAAAAGGUCGCCAGAUUAUUUAAUGGACCUGACGCAGUGCAUCCAGGAAUCAUAUUAAUGACAAGGGUAGAUUGUGCAUCAAAGAUAAAUACUAAGCUAUGCGAUAAGUUUUCUGUUGGUCAUUAUCCUAUGCUUUUUUGGAGCUCUCCUUCUAAAUUUGUUGGCGGUGGUUGGGAUCCUAAACAAGAUAAAAGUGAUAUACGUGUGAUUGAUGAUGCACGCACUGCUGAUCGGUUACUUAGUUGGAUCAACAAGCAAUUAGGCAGUUCGUUUGGUCUGGAUGAUCAGAAAUUCCAAAAUGAGCUUCUUUCAUCCAAUGUCUCAGAUCCUGGACAGAUUGCCAGAGCUAUCUAUGAUGUAGAAGAGGCAACUUCUACAGCUUUUGACAUCAUCUUAGAGCACAAGAUGAUAAAACCAGAAACUCGCGCUUCACUCAUUAAGUUCCUUCAGCUUUUGGCAGCUCAUCAUCCUUCUAGGAGAUGCCGGAAGGGUACUGCUGAAUUUCUUGUGAGCUUCGAUGACUUGUACCCAACAGAUUUUUGGUCAACUAAGCAGGAAGAUGAUAAUAGUUCAAUUAGGAACCUCAAGAUUUGUGGGAAAGAUGUGCCUCGCGGAUACUGGAUGUUCUGCCGUGGCAGUAAGAAUGAAACCAGAGGCUUCAGCUGUGGUUUAUGGGUUCUUCUGCAUUCACUAUCUGUGAGGAUAGAGGAUGGAGAGAGUCAGUUUACAUUCAACGCAAUAUGUGAUUUUGUUCACAACUUCUUCAUCUGUGAGGAAUGCCGACAACAUUUUUACAAGAUGUGUUCAAGUGUUACUAGUCCAUUCAACACGGCCCGUGAGUUUGCACUCUGGUUGUGGAGUUCCCACAACAAAGUGAACGAAAGAUUGAUGAAAGAAGAAGCAUCAUUAGGCACCGCUGACCCCAAUUUUCCAAAGACUAUUUGGCCAUCAAAUCAACUUUGCGCUUCCUGUUACUCAGUCCUGGAUCAGAAGAGCAACAAAAUUGAAUGGAACCAAGACGAGGUCUUUAAGUUUUUGACUGAUUAUUACGGUAAAACACUAGCGUCUCUGUACAAGAACAGGAAUAUGGACGGAAAUGAAGGAGCUGAAGGAGCUGGUGAAGAUUUAAUAGUCGCAACUAAUGCAAUUGUGGUGCCUGUGGGAGCUGCAUUGGCUAUUGCUGUUGCUAGCUGUGCUUUUGGAGCACUUGCUUGCUACUGGCGUUCGCAGCAAAAGAGUCGGAAGUAUUUUCACCACCUACACUCUUUAAAGAACAUUUGAUAAUUAGGAGGGUAAUGAACUCUUUCAAAAAUUAACCAAUGACUGGGUCCUGAAGAAUUAAAAGGGGGUGGGUAUAUGGAGAGAGAUAGAGUGAGAGAUUGUGUUGUUGGAGUUAUUGAGAUUCUUAUAUGUUACUUCUUUUUGUUUGCAUAAUGUUUCAGGCCUAGGAGAACGUGGAAGUAGGAUUUGUAGACAAGUACACUUCAAGGCAUGUGAGGUGCGUAGCAGCCUUCAUGGUCUUACUCCAAAGAGUCUUGCCAACUUCCUUUUUGAAUGCUUCAUUAAUAGAAUGUACAGAAUACAAUUCUUGCUCUGGACACCAUUACUGAUAUGUGUUAUUUUCUUUCACUUUUUUUUUUUACCUCGAGUCACAUCUACAAUACAACCUAGGAUUUUGGGGGGAAAGGAGCACGUGACAUGUAACAACAUUUUUGCUUUGUAAUUUGGUGUUAUUUUUUCAAUAUCAAAGUAACUGUAUAAGCUAAAAGACCUGGCUUACGUAGUUUGGUUUCACGUUUGAAUGAAAUCAUCAAAGUCUAAAAUAGAUUAUCAUUUAAA